UCGAGUGCCUUCGUACGAGCUUUUUCAAUCUUCGCAGAGACUCAAACUCCAGAGAGCAAUCAGGUGUGGUUAGCCAUGUUGUCUCGCAUUGCCCUUCUUCCUGCGUUCCUCCCUGUGGCUUUGGCCUGUUUGGGCUACGAGGGCGGUGUUCCCACGCCCACAGCCCAUUACUCCAACAGUGCGGUGAUUGAGAUUGCAGCCGGCGAGGUCUUCGACGCCGGCUGGGCCAAGUACGACCGCGGGUCUGGUGCCUGCGGUGGCCAAACAGAGGGAGACUGGAAGGAUGCGGUUUUCUACCUCCACUCCGGCGCUACCCUGAAGAACGUCAUCAUUGGUGCCGACCAAGCCGAGGGUGUUCACUGCGAUGGAGCUUGUACCCUUGAAUUUGUCUGGUUCGAGGAUGUCUGCGAAGAUGCCAUCAGCAUCAAAAACGACAAGGAAGGAGACCAGACCUGGAUUAUCGGCGGUGGAGCAUACCACGCCGAUGACAAGGUUGUCCAGCACAAUGGCUGCGGUACUGUGAACAUUAUCAACUUCUACGCCGAAGACUACGGCAAGGUGUACCGGUCUUGCGGAAACUGCUCCAGCCAGUGCAAGCGGAACGUCUAUGUUGAGGGAACCACUGCCCGUGAUGGUGGCGAGGUUGUUGGUAUUAACCAGAGCUUUGGAGAUACUGCUACUCUGGUCAAUGUCUGCACUGAUGCUGAUCAUCCCUGUGUUCUGUACGAUGGCUGUGAGGGUGAUUGCGAGCCGAGCAAGGUUGGAUACUGCUCUGGUUAA